AUGCUUCGUAACCCUCUAGACCUCGAGACCCGCUUGAGCGCCGUCGAUGGAAACAAUGGUGGCCGCAAGGGUACCGUCAACGACGAGACGAACCUGGGUGCCGUUGGCGGAUCGGUCAAGCUCGGCGACCUGCUCAACACCAUGGGCGGCAAGGGCGGCGAGUUCUGCUACAUUUACGUGUAG